GUAUAAUGACUCAUUGGAGUGUAUCACAGAUGGACUGAAGCAAGCUGAGCAGAACAUCAGAGACUCAAUGGACUCCCUGGCGCUCUCCAACAUCACAGGUGCUUCAGUUGAUGGGGAUAUUAAAGACAGACCGUUGCUCUACUCGUUACAAAAGUUCUCUGAGCUUGAACGCUUUGAGAACAGCAGCAACAUGGGGACACUGAAUUCAUCAAUGAUGCACAGGAGCACCAACUCCCUGAAGAGCCUCACCUCUGAACUCGAGUGUGUGGAGGUCAUUGAAGAGGAGGAACAGGAGCAGGUAGUUCCGCUCCCAGAGGAGAGGCCUAAACCACCUCACUUACCUGUCUUAAGAAGGUCCAAGUCCCAGUCCAAACCACAACAGGUGAAGUUUUCAGAUGAUGUUGUGGAUAAUGGACGAUAUGACGACCUGGAGGUGCGGCAGCCUCCCAUGAGCGAACGCACUCGGAGACGAGCAUACCACUUUGACGAGCAAGACCAGCAGCGCCACCGGCAUCACCACAGACAAAGGAGUCGUAAGUCUCGUUCGGACAACGCGCUUCACUUGGUACCCAAGGAAAAGGCCCAUAGGUGCUUCAAGGAGGACCGUCUGCAGCAUGGGCCAGAUCUUAACUCUCACUACGGACAGCCUUCCUAUGCUCACACUGACUCGGAGUACGGUCUGCACAACCAGGCGGCAGAGAGGUUUUUACGCCUUUACGGGGAUGAAGAUGACUGGUGCUCUACCUGCUCCUCUUCAUCAUCUGAAUCAGAGGAGGAAGGCUUUUUCUUGGGCCAGCCUAUUCCACAACCAAGACAACCUCAGUACCAAUAUUACACUGAUGAACUUCCCUUUGGCACAAGGACAAAGUCCAAACAGAAGAGAGGACGGAAGGGCAAAAACUGCAUAAUUUCAUAGAAUUGGGAAGGAAGUUUGAAACCUUUUUUCAUUAUGGAACGUGCUUUGAGCUAUUACUUUGAAUUAGAAUACAACUUGUUCCACAUGGCUAUCCAGGACAUAUUGCAGUGGUCUUGCCAUGCAGUGACAUUGAUGGCCAACGCAGUAUCUAAACCAUGCUUAACUGCUGCAGUAAUGCAUGUUAGGUGAUAAGUCAUUAUAGUCUUUGAAAGAACCUGAAGAAUAUAAUAUUUAUGAAGCCGCUUUUAGAUACUAAAUGAGAGAAUAAUUUAACUUUGCAAAAAUUUAUGUAUAUAUUGUAAAAUGUUCAGUUAAAGCUAAUUUUUUUAUAUCCCUGAAUUACAAAAAAAUUUUUUUUUAAGAAUUUUACUGAAAAAGUACUAAAGAACAAAGGUUUGCAGUGACUCCACUUUUGUUAAUCAGGGUUUUAAAAAUAACUAUGUAACAUUUGGUUAGCGUAGCUGCUCAAUUUGUACUAAAACAUUGACUACAAAACGUAUGUUACGUAUAUCCAAAGUUUGUUCGGGUGUCAUUUUAUUGAUGGCUUAUACAGACAGAUCACUGUAAUCUGUAUGCAAUGCAAACUGGAACAAUAAGGCUAAUAAUAAAAAAUGAUAUAUAUAUAUAUAUAAAUAUA